CUAUGCGGUCGCACCACCAUGUCGUGGCAAUCCAACAUCUCUGCAGUGUUUAGCCGCGCCUCGGGUGUCUUCAUACACUGUACAUCUCCUUGCACGCCGGUUGGUUGCUGUCAUGCGGGAUACAAUAGGCCUGUUCGCAGGUGCCGUGGCCAGUACGAGACAGCCCCUAAGUUCGCGCGCAAUGUGGCUGCAUCCCAGGGUUAGCCAGGCCGAGAUUCAUGACUACGGUGACACUUCGAUGCGCCAUGGUGGGCAUCGAGGGUGCGCAUCUACUGAGGGGUCGCGGAUGAUGUUACGCGGGGCCAUUCAGGCACGAACCACACCAAGGUGUAGUUGCCAAGACCUCACUUGUCUCUUUUUGGAACGGUGAAGACGGCGGUGUUCGGCAAUAACAUCGAUGUCAUGAAAGCAAUCUGUAGUCGGCAGCUUGAUUCAUGCAACAUCUGAUUCGGACUUGAGACCUGGUGAUCAGGCAUUGAGAAGGUUUCUGUACCAGGUCCUCAUGCUCGAGC